AUGGCAUCCGUGGUCGCUGUAUCUACGUGGGCGCUUGUAGCCUGCGCGUUUAGCCUGGCUUCUGGAGCGCCAUCGUGCAAGACGAUUGAUGAAUUGAAGUACCGACGGAUAACGUGCGACAACUUCGACUCUGCCGCAGACUUCAGAGAAACGUUGCCACGGGAGCCCUCAGACAAACCCACAUGGCUCUUGAUUCAAAACAGCCACGUCCCUUUCAUUCCUCCUGGGGCCUUUGCUGGCCUUAACGUCGCCGUCCUUCAGUUUAAGUUUGUGACAGUCGAUGCGUUCGACCAGAACACGCAAGAGACGAAUCCAUUCUCCGGACUUGAGAGCAGUCUUCGUCGAGUGUAUUUCUAUUACGGUAGCAGCCUUCCAGGAUCAUGGGGUAUGCUGAGCAACAUGUACGAGAUGGAAGAGGUUCAGCUCGUGCACUACGUGGGACUCAACCUGACUAGGGACUUCAAUCUUCUGCAUCAGAACAUGAAGACGGUGUACAUCGUCGCGUGCAACAUCAGCAGUGUUGAUUCGGACUGGCUAGCAUCACUUAGCAACUUGGAGGCACUGGUGAUUAGAGAAACAGACCUCCGAAAUUUCUCGCGGUCGUGGCUGCCCCGUCCGGCCCCUAGGUUCACGACGCUGGAUCUGCCGGGAAACUUGCUAACGAAGUUCCCAGAGGGGUUGGAUGAAAGUAUUCCCUCUCUUGCUUUUGUCAACGUGGAACGUAACCGCAUCACUACAUUCGAAGAACUACCCCUCGGGCUCCUGAACAGAUUCGGCGUUCAAGUGAACAUGAUGUUCAAUCCGGUGCAUUGUGACUGCAAUCUUCAAUUCAUGUUGGCCUACCCGAGCAAGUGGCACUACUUUUUGUGCCACACGCCCAAGAAAGUAUUUGACAAGUACAUUCUCGAUCUUACGAAAGAGCAGCUUUGUGAAACCACUGAUUGA